AUGGCUGCCGCGUUAAUCAGCCCGAACGCCCCUUACCAUCACCAACACCACAACUCGUUCGGAUCGGGCUACCCUCACUCGGCGUCCACUGCAAACAUGGCCGGCAUGAUUUCGCCAGUCGAACCCCGAAGGCCAUCAGAUGGCUCCGAAAACGCCCAUCCUCAGCGGCAAUCGCUGCCUUCUCUGCCCUCCAUUUCCGAGGUGUUCUCUGAGAGAAAGUCGCUUGGAUAUGCCCCUCCGCCAUCAGCGGGUCCGCCGCCCCCGGCGCCCGGGUUGCCGUCGCCAUUCAGUUCGGCACCUUCUUCUCGGCCGUUCGGAGAUGUUCGAAGUUCGGACAAGAAUAGAUCGCCAAGGACGUUGCAACCCACCCCGUCAACAUGCCCUCGCGUCGAACCGCUUCCCGCCUUUUCUGAUCCGACCCGUCCGUCACUUGCGACAAGGCCUGUCCCGCCUCCAUUAAACACCUUUUUAGGACAGCAGCUUUCGCCACCUGUCAAGCUCGAGCAGCUGGAAGCCGAGCAUCGCCAUGCGGAAGCUCAGUCUCACGGUGCCGGUCACCGUCCACCGCCGCCUCCACCAUCGCAGCAACCGCUCCCCGGUCUGUAUGCGGAGACCGGGAGACUCCCGCCAGGACAACUGCCUUUGUCUGCGUACCCCAUAUCCCCCAGACACAGCGGCCCUCCGCUACUCUCGCCCUAUGACGCACAACGAACACCGGCCUACGGCGAGGACUCUGAUUACUCACAGUACCGCCCUUCCGAUUACAAGGCGAACUUUGACAAGCAUUUUCAAACAAACGGCUACCAGGAUGCGUUGCAGGCUAUCAUGAGCAGUUGCCGGACAGGGUACCACUUCGCCGAGGCCUAUGUAGCCGCGGCGCGUGAACAGCAGGGCUCGCAGCCGAUCCCGUCGAGGAUGCCGACCGAAAACGAAGUGAGCUCCCUGCUCAACAACCUUGUCUUUGCGCUCCGGAAGCUCGAAGAGGUGCGGGACAUGGUGCAGCAGAAUCGGAUACAGAACGAGCGCGCGCGCGAUACUAGCGGCGCCCGCAGCCCGGAGGACGAGGACGUGGCCAUGUAUGGCGGCGACGGUAUCAAGCCGGCGGCGUACGCGAUGCAUGAGGUCAAGAAGCGGCGCGGUCGCGCGGCUCCUCCCGGACGGUGCCACAGCUGUAACCGCGUGGACACGCCAGAAUGGCGGCGCGGUCCCGACGGCGCAAGGACGCUCUGCAACGCAUGCGGCCUCCACUAUGCGAAGCUGGAGCGCAAGCGGCAGCUGGACCAGCGGUCUAUCCGGCCGAAACCCGCCGAGGAGCGAAAAUGA